AAUAGAACAAGUAAUUAGAACUAUACAAUUAUUAGAAAUACCCCUUUUAGAAGAAAAAGAAAAAUUAACACUCCAAAAUGCAUUUGAAAAUAAAAAAUAUACCAACCUAUUCUUAUUUAUCAAAGAAAUACAAGAACUAGAAUUAAUAAAGAAAAGACUACAACAGUACCUAUUUGACAAUAGAUUUACAUCAGAUGAUAGUGAUAACUACUUAGCUCAAGAUACAACUCGAAGAGCACACUAUAUAAAAGCACAAUUAAAUAAAUAUCAAAGAACAGAAGAAUCAACAAAACCUGCAUAUGGAAUAGACUAUCCAACAGAUGAAUAUUGA